GCCCCUGCGGCGCGGGGGGAGGGGCGGCAGGGACGGACUGGGACGGACUGGGACGGACUGGGAUAGUCUGGGCUUAUACUGGGACAUCUGGGCUGCUACUGGGAUAGUUUGGGCUGAUACUGGGACGGACUGGGAUAGUCUGUGCUUAUACUGGGACAGUCUGGGCUGAUACUGGGCUGGACUGGGACGGACUGGGAUAGUCUGGGCUUAUACUGGGACAGUCUGGGCUGAUACUGGGCUGGACUGGGAUAGUCUGGGCUUAUACUGGGAUAGUUUGGGCUGCUACUGGGACGGACUGGGAUAGUCUGUGCUUAUACUGGGACAGUCUGGGCUGAUACUGGGCUGGACUGGGACGGACUGGGGUUAUACUGGGAUAGUCCGGGGUUAUACUGGGCUGGACUGGGAUAGUUUGGGUUGGUACUGGCCUGUACUGGGACAGUCUGGGGUGAUACUGGGAUAGUCCAGGGUGAUACUGGGCUGGACUGGGAUAGUCUAAACUUAUACUGGGCUGUACUGGGGUAGCCUGGGCUUGUACUGGACUGUGCUGGGCCGUACUGGGCCAUAGUGGGUUGUACUGGGCUGUACUGGGUUCUACUGGGCUGUAGCAGGCCAUACUGGGUUCUACUGGGCUGUAGCAGGCCAUACUGGGUUAUACUGGGCUGUAGCAGGCCAUACUGGGUUCUACUGGGCUGUAGUAGGUUAUACCGGGUUAUACUGGGUUGUACCGGGCUGUACUGGGUUAUACUGGGCUGUAGCAGGCUGUACUGGGUUAUACCGGGUUAUACUGGGAUGUAGUGGGCCGUACUGGGCUAUACUGGGCCGUACUGGUUUAUACUGGUUUAUACUGGGGCCAUCCUGGCGGUUCCGGCCGUGCCUCAGCGCUGUCAUGGAGCGCUUCGUGAUGGGGACCCGGGCGGCUCUGCAGCCCCAUCCCAGACCUGCCGAGGGCUUUGGGCUGCAGCUGCUCUCGGGAUCACAUCCAGCAGCACCAGGAGAUCCACGUGGUGAUGGGCAACGAGGCCUGUGACCUGGACUCCGCCGUCUCCGCGCUGGCCCUGGCCUAUUUCCUAGCCCAGACCAGCCCAGCUCCCAGAGCCGCCUUCGUGCCCGUGCUGAACAUCCCCCGCGCCGACUUCGCGCUGCGGACGGAGACGACGUUCCUGCUGCGGGACCGGGGCAUCCCGGACACCUGGCUGGUCUUUCGGGAUGAGAUCGACCUGAGGGGGCUGCACCACGCUGGGCUGCUCUCCCUGACGCUGGUUGAUCACCACGUCCUGCCUGGUGCUGACGCUGCCCUGGACGAGGCCGUGGUGGAGGUCCUGGACCACCGGCCGCUGGAGCGGGACCGUGGUCCCCCGUGCCAGGUGACAGUGGAGCCCGUGGGCUCCUGUGCCACCCUGGUGACCGAGAGGAUCCUGCAGGGCCCCCCAGGCGUGCUGGACAGAACCACGGCCGCGCUGCUGCACGGCACCAUCCUGCUGGACUGCAUCAACCUGAGCCCAGCUGCGGGCAAGGUGACACCCAGGGACGUGGCCUGCGUGUCCCUGCUCGAGGAGAGGUUCCCGGAGCUGCCAGCCCGUGACGCCGUGUUCGGAGCCCUGCAGGCGGCCAAGUUUGAUGUCACAGGGCUGACAACAGAGCAGAUGCUGCGGAAGGACCUCAAAGUCCUCUCCAACGACGAGGCUGUCGUUGCCAUCAGCGGCGUCUUCGAGGACCUGGAAACCUUCCUGCUCCGGCCUGGCUUGCUGCAGGACCUGGAGGCUUUCUGCCAGGCCCGUGGCUACGCGGGGCUGGUGGCCAUGACCGUGUCCUUCAACGAACGCCACGAACCCACCCGAAAACUUGGGGUGUACAGCCCACAGGAGCCCCUCCGCAGCACGCUGUGCCGGGCGCUGGAGGAGGCGACAACGCCGUCGCUGCUGCUGCGGCCGCUGCCGAGCCCCUGGCCCUGCGUGGCCGCCUACGCCCAGGGCAACGCCGUGGCCACUCGUAAGAAGGUGCUGCCCAUCCUGCGGGCAGCACUGGGGGGUCUGGGGGCGGCUGCGGGGGGCCCCGAGGAGGAGGUGGUGCCCCCACCCACCCCCAUGAACAGCCUGGUGGAGGAGUGUCCCCUGGCGCAGGCCGUGCCCCCGCUGUGUCCCCAGGAUGUCCUGGAGCGGGUCAGCCGCAUCGCCGUGGGGCAGCCCCCGGGCUCCCCGAAAUAGCAGAGGCACCCCCGUGGAUUUUUGAGGUCUGGAUGUGAAGUUGGGGUCCCUGAGCAGGCCCCCUGUGAGGUGCCUGGGUGUGGAGGGGUUGCAGCUGCCUCUGUUAGAGCUCAGCUCGUGGUUUGUCCCCCCACAAUGGCUCCCUCUGCCCCAGUGGUCCCCAGGGUGGGGUUUUGGGGGUGCCAUGGGCAGGAGUUGCACCCCCUUGAUGAAGGCGUUGGGGUGAUGGGGGAGUUAACGAGUUCUUGAUGAUCUUCCUUCCUUGGGGGACCCCAGAGAGGGGGUCCAGACACGCAGCUGUCCAGAACUGUCACUGCUUUCCAAGGAUUAAAUUCCCCUUUUCUUCCA